CGCUGACUGGCUGUUGCUAUGAGGUUGCCAAGAGAGAUCAAGACGCGUCGGAGUGAAGCACCCUGGGAAGUGUAACGUUUUCGUCACACAAAAAUGAAGCGUGUUUUCACGCUGUCAGAAAAGUCCUGGUCUGGAUCAUGUUUGCAAUACAAAUGGCAGAAAACAGUAGGAAACUAUCUUGCAGUUGCAGGCCCUGACAAUUUUGUAAAAAUCUUUGAUCGGCAUGGACAGAAGGUCAAUGAGUUAAAUCUCCCUGGGAAUUGUGUAUCUCUUGACUGGGAUAAAGAUGGUGAUAUCUUGGCUGUGAUUUCUGAAAAGUCCAGUUCCGUUUACUUGUGGGAUGCAAAUGUUAACAAAACCUCUCAGCUAGACAGUGGCAUGAGAGAUCAGAUGUCCUUCUUGCUCUGGUCCAAAACUGGGCCAUUGUUGGCUGUUGGCACAUCUAAAGGAAACCUUCUCAUCUACAACCAGCAAACCUCACGCAAGAUUCCUGUUCUGGGUAAGCAUACAAAGAAAAUCACAUGUGGCUGUUGGAGCUCUCACAACCUUCUGGCGUUAGGCAGUGAAGACCGCAGCAUAACAAUCAGCAACCACGAGGGAGACACCAUUCGGCAGACCUCUGUGAGAGCAGAUCCUGCAGAUGUUCAGUUCUCAGUGAUGAAAACAGAUGAGAGAUCAUCUCCAGGAGAAAGCACCGUGAGUGUGGCUUUGGGUAAGAAGACCCUGUUUCUUUUUAACCUGAAUGACCCUGAUAACCCUAUAGAACUGGCCUUCCAGCAGCGCUACGGCAACAUCAUCUCCUACCGCUGGUAUGGGGAUGGCUAUAUCAUGAUUGGAUUUUCACAUGGUUAUUUUGUGGUAAUUUCCACACAUAUCCGUGAGAUUGGCCAAGAGUUGUUUCAAGCCCACAAUCAUAAAGACAGCCUGACAAGCAUCGCCAUCUCACAGUCACUAAACAAGGCUGCAUCCUGUGGGGACAACUGUAUUAAGAUACAUGACCUAACUGAUCUGAAGGAGAUGUAUGCUAUAGUCACGCUGGAUGAGGAGACCAAAGGCCUUGAUCAGAUGUGUUGGACUGAUGAUGGGCAGCUGUUAGCUGUGUCUUCUCAGCAGGGCACUUUGCAUGUCUUCCUCACCAAGUUGCCCAUAUUGGGAGACAGCAGUGGCACUAGAAUUGCAUAUCUUACAUCCCUGCUGGAGGUUACAGUCGCUAACCAUGUGGAAGGGGAGUCUCCCGUUGCUAUGUCAGUAGAGGUGGAGCCUAAUUUCAUAGCUGUGGGACCAUAUCAUGUUGCUGUGGGCAUGAAUAACAGAGCGUGGUUUUAUGCAUUAGGAGAUGGUGGUGUGGAGCGUGUAAAAGACACUGAGUAUUUAGGGACAGUGGCCAGUAUGUGCCUGAACUGUGACUAUGCUGCUGCCCUGUUUGAGGGGAAAGUCCAGUUGCAUGUGAUUGAUGGAGAUGAGCAGAUUGUUCAGGAGGACAGACAGACAAAACUGUUUCCGGAACCCGACCAGAAAUACCGCAUCCUCAGUCAUGCUCUCACCUCUGAGUUUCUGUAUUAUGGGACUGAUACUGGGUUGAUUCAGUGUUUCUAUUUUGAAGACUGGCAGAGUGUGAAUGAAUAUCGCCACACAGUGGGUGUACGCAAAGUCUUUCCCGACCCCAAUGGAACACGUCUCGUUUUUAUUGAUGAAAAAAGUGACGGCUUCCUAUACUGUCCGGUAAAUGAUUCCGUGCUUGAGAUCCCAGACUUCUCUCCUGCCAUUAAAGGGGUGUUGUGGGAAAACUGGAUCAGCAAUAAGGGUGUGUUUGUAGCGUAUGAGGAGGACAAAGUCUACACAUAUGCCUUCCACAAAGACACCAUACAGGGCUCUAAAGUGAUUCUAGUUGGUGCCACCAAGUUGCCAUUUUCCCAUAAGCCCUUGCUGUUGCAUAACGGGGAGCUGACAUGUCAAACCCAGAGUGGGAAGAUUAACAGUGUGGUUUUAAACACUCAUUCAUUCCUCAACAUCCCACAUAGUGACACCAGCAAAGACAAACUCCAGUCAUUACUGCAACAGGCCAUCAUGCUGAAAAGGUUUUCUGAUGCGUGGAAUACAUGUAAAGCUCUGAACAGAACUGAGGCCUGGGGUGAGCUGGGCAGGGCGUGUCUGCACCACAUGGAGGUGGAACUGGCCAUUAGAGUAUACCGCAUGAUGGGAAAUGUCGGCAUGGUCAUGUCACUAGAGGACAUCAAGGGAAUAGAGGAUCAAAAUUUGCUGGCUGGUCAUUUAGCCAUGUUCUGCAAUGACUUCAACCGAGCCCAGGACCUGUAUCUGACAUCUUCGUACCCCAUGGCAGCCCUGGAGAUGAGAAGGGACCUGCAACAUUGGGACAGUGCAUUACAGCUGGCUAAAAGACUGGACCCUGAUGAGAUCCCAUUCAUUUCUAAAGAAUAUGCCAUACAGCUGGAGUUUGUUGGAGAUUAUGUGAAUGCACUGGCUCACUAUGAGAAAGGCAUAACAGGAAACAACAAGUUCCAGGAUCAUGAUGAGAGCUGUCUAGCAGGAGUGGCUCGUAUGUCCAUUCGAAUGGGUGACAUUCGUAGAGGAGCCAACCAGGCCAUCAAACACCCCAGCAGAGCUCUGAAGAAAGACUGUGGCGCCAUUCUGGAAAGCAUGAAGCAAUAUUCAGAAGCGGCUCAGCUGUAUGAGAAAGGCCAGUACUACGACAAAGCUGCCUCCGUCUACAUACGCUGCAAAAACUGGGCAAAGGUGGGCGAGCUCCUUCCCCAUGUGACUUCCCCGAAGAUCCACCUGCAGUAUGCUAAGGCAAAGGAGGCUGAUGGCAAAUAUAAAGAGGCAGCAAUGGCCUAUGAAAGUGCACGAGAUUGGGACAAUGUAAUUCGAAUCUUACUGGAGCAUCUUAACAACCCUGAGGAGGCUGUCCGCAUCGUACGAGAAACUCAGUCCAUUGAAGGAGCCAAAAUGGUAGCCAGGUUUUUCCUGCGUUUAAGUGAUUACGGCUCAGCGAUCCAGUUCCUGGUUUUGUCACGUUGCAGCGAUGAAGCUUUUCAGCUCGCCCAGCAGCACGGGCAGAUGGAGGUCUAUGCUGACAUCAUUGGUUCGGAGGCUACAACAGAGGACUAUCAGAGCAUAGCGCUGUAUUUUGAGGGGGAGAAGAAUCAUCUUCAGGCUGGGAAAUUCUUUCAGAAGUGUGGACAGUACAGCAGGGCGCUGAAGCACUUUUUGAAAUGUCCUAGUUCUGAUGACAGUUUGGCCAUAGAGAUGGCCAUUGAGACAGUAGGUGAAGCAAAGGAUGAAGCUCUAACCAAUCAGCUUAUUGAUUAUCUGAUGGGGGAAAGUGACGGAAUGCCAAAGGAUGCAAAAUAUCUGUUCCGGUUAUACAUGGCUCUCAAACAGUACAGAGAGGCAGCGAGAACGGCUAUUAUAAUCGCUAGAGAGGAGCAAUCUGCAGGAAACUACAGGAAUGCCCAUGAUGUUUUGUUCAGCAUGUAUGCUGAGCUUCAGACACAGCACAUUAAAAUCCCAGCAGAGAUGGCCACAAACCUGAUGAUCCUGCACAGUUACAUACUAGUGAAGAUCCAUGUUAAAAGGGGAGAUCAUUUAAAGGGAGCACGAAUGCUUAUCCGUGUGUCCAACAACAUCAGCAAAUUCCCAUCCCACAUUGUUCCCAUCCUCACAUCAGCGGUUAUUGAAUGUCAUCGUGCUGGAUUAAGGAACUCUGCUUUCAGUUUUGCCUCUAUGCUAAUGAGACCAGAGUAUCGUAACAAGAUUGAUCUCAAAUACAAGAAGAAAAUAGAGGCCAUGGUCCGUCGUCCAGAUACUUCUGAGGUCGAGGAGGAGAGCUCACCCUGUCCGUACUGUGGCUUCAGCCUGCCUGACUGUGAGCUGCUCUGUCCCGGCUGCAAAAACAGUCUGCCCUACUGUAUCGCCACAGGUCGUCACUUGGUCAAGGAGGAUUGGUGUGUCUGCCCACACUGUGAUUUUCCUGCUCUCUACUCGCAAUUCACCCAGCUCUUAGAGACAGAGGCAGUUUGCCCCAUGUGCUCUGAGACUUUAAAUGUCAGUGAGGUGAAAAAAGUGUUGGACUGCUCAAAAUAUCUGCAGCAGGACCAACUGGAGCGCUGAGAUCCAGAGAGCAAGAAAGGAGAAAUGAAAGGAUAAAGAGAUUUGAUGACAGUCACACAUCUGAUGAUGUGUGAUGGUGAGUCAUUACAGAAUCAAUAUUGUGGGAUCAAUAUUGUAACCUUUCAAGCCAGGCAUGAUUGUAUUUUCAUGAUAUUAUUGAAAAUACAAAAAUGUUUUUAUUUAUUUAACAUUAUUGUAGCAAUUUGUAAUCAUGGUAUAUUUAUCUUAAAAUACAGAAUAAAAAAGAAAAUAUGUAUGAGUUUUUUGUACAUUAAAUAUGUUUCUCAUCAGUAUAUCUGUAUAGUUACUCUAAAAUGUGCUUCUAAUGUGUCUUAAAGGUAAAGUGUAUAAUUUAAUCUGCCAUUGGCUGUACAAACAGGUAGUCCCGCCCCAAACUCAUACCAUUGGCUAAGUUGAAGUUGCUAUGUCGGGCCUUUCAAACGCACAAAGCAAUGUUGAAAGCACUACAAAGCCUCAGAAUUUUUACUUUUUGGGGAAAUCAGCCUAUGAAUGUUAUCUCUGCACAUUAAACUUGUAUAGGAGAAAAUUGAACAUCAGCUUUAAUCUGAGUGGUCUAUACUGCUGUUUUGUAGCCUGGCCACAAGAGUUCAGCACUGCAGUGAGCUAAUAAAAAGAGAAAGACAGUUAAUCUAACCACCCAAAUGCUGACAUUUAUUAUGAGCUGGACUGUCCGUUCACCUUACAUGUGGCCUUAAAUUUAUUAGAACAAAUUGAUUUAAAGUCAGUGACUCUCUCUUUUAAAGUUGAGCUUCACCUCACUGCUUUAGACAUGUAGGCCAGUAGUUCUUCAUUUUGUAUAAGCUUUAGCUUUAAUGUACUAAGAAAAUUGUAAUUCUAAUUAUUACAGUUUGUGAGGCCUGAUUUAUUUGCAUGUUGUGGUAUAUCUCUGCUCUGAGGCUGAACUAUAUGCUUUAAAGAGACUGAAGUAUGUGCUUUAAAGGGAUAGUUCACCCAAAAAUGAAAAUUCUGUCAUCAUUUACUCACCUCAUGCCAUUCAAAAUCCUGUAUGACUUUGUUUCUUUUGUGUAACACAAAAGAAGAUAUUCUGAAGAAUGUUUACCAAAUAGUUUUGGUGACCAUUGACUUCCUUUGUAUGGACAAAACAUUGAGACAUUUCUGAAAAUAUCUUAUUUAAUGUUCUGCGGAAGAAAGAAAGCCAUACAGGUUUGGAACAACAUGAGGGUGAGUAAAUGAUAACAGCUUUCAUUUUUGGCUGAACUAUCCCUUUAACAUAUAUUAUUGGCCCAUACAUUUUAGGUUUCCCUGUGUUGUGUGACAGAUUUUUAUGAAGGUAUUUUUGAGUGUUUCAAUUAAAAACAAAACAUCAGGUCAAUGCUCUUAUCAUACAAAUUACAUAUUAUAAUGUGGAUUAAAAAUAUGUACCCUUGCUCCAUGUCUUUGGACAUGGUAUCCAA